AUGUUCAUCUGGAGCAAAGCCCCCGCGAGGGGCUUGGGGAAAGCUACAAAGAAGCUUCCCAAGCGCGAUGAAAGUAGUAAGGUCUUUGAAAAGAUCCAAUAUGCGCAUCUAUCCACGUCCACGACCUAUAUUCGAAAAUCGUCGAGCUCAGCGAAAGAGCGCCAGCGCGCCGAACGCCAGCAGUUGACGCGCCUGCUGAAGGAGUCGCCCGGCAAACGCGAUGCGCGCAACUUUCUGAAGCAAUUCGAUGCCCCCAAAAAGAGCAAAGCCGCGAUCGCAGCAAAGGCCAAGGAGCUCGUUAGUGAAAAGAUACACAAUGAUUCAGGUUCCCUACGAACAGGCGUGAAUCUGGGCGACUUGUACAAGCCUACCGUCUUUACGCGCGAACCGCUCCCAGAGCAGGAGUAUCAGGCGGAAGAGAAGCAUGAGCCGAUACAUCUGGCACUCGUCAAACUUCGGCAGCCUCAGACGCUCGACGACCGCACCCUGGGGGAUAUCGCAUUGACGUUGAGUCAGAUGGCACAGCUGGGGCUCAGCACCGCUGUUGUAUUAGACUGCGACCAGGACACCGGUGCAUACAACACAGAGCUCACGCUCGAAUAUGGAAACAUGGUCAGAGAGCAGGCACUGCGCUUAGUGGCAGCGCUGGAAGAAUACAACGAGCCAGGAGGCCUGUUGGUCGAAGACGCUUUGGGCUACUCCCCACAGGCCGAUGGCAUGCCCAGUACUGUACAGGUGCGGGGAGGUGUAGAGGUCCAGCAUAGCUACCUACUCUUUCCACCCAUAGACGACGGCGUCAUCCCAGUGAUCACCCCGUUCGCGUACGAUGCAAAUCUGAAGAAGGUCAGGGUCCAGGCGGACGACGUGCUUCUUGCCCUUGUUCGCGAGUUUGCCGGUCUCGCUGGCCAGGCAGGCGGUAAUGGCUCAAUUGGUGGCGCACUGUACAAAACAGAAGACCUUGUAGAGAGGCCUAUCCUGGACCGCAUCAUCAUCCUCGAUCCGCUUGGUGGCAUACCAUCGGAGAAACGAGCAGAUGGCGCUCACGUAUUCGUCAACCUAGAAGCUGAAUACCGCGACAUAAAGAAGGAGCUUCUGCAGCUAUCGUCAGCAACUCCGGAUGACAAGAUCAACCAUUCAGUAUCGCUUGGCACCGGCAACCCAUUCUCAAAGUUUGUCGAGGAAGAAGUUGCAUCAUUACCGGGCACAAAGCCACAACAAGUUAGCAACUCGGCUCCUAUGCGUCACUUGAGGAAUCUCGAAGUGGUCGAGCGCGGCCUGAAACUGCUACCUCCAUCCUCCUCUGGCCUCGUUCUGACGCCGCUAGAAGCUGCAAGGAAGGCUAUACCUGACGAUGCGCGGACUUCGCCUGCGAAGAACCCUUUACUACACAACGUGUUGACCGACAAGCCGAUGACAUCUUCAUCGUUACCUACAUCACCAACUUCUCGUUUCCUGGGAUCCACUACACCUAACCCUGCCACCUUCUUCAAGAAAGGCAUACCACUUACGAUGAUUCCAGACCCGCGCAUUCAUGGGCCAUGGCAGCCACCAUCUGCAACGAACCCGAGCAUAGAGCUAGCAGAUGACCCACGUAUCAACUUCCCCAAACUUGUUAAUCUCAUCGACGACUCUUUUCGACGAAAGCUUCAUCCCAAGAACUACCUGGACCGCAUCCGUGGUCGUGUUGCUGGCAUCAUCAUAGCAGGCGACUACGAAGGCGGCGCAAUCUGUACAUGGGAGACUCCUAAAUCCCUGUAUGGACUCAGCCAUCCUACCCACCCUUCUCCAGAUUCGCCUUACUACGUCCCUUACCUGGAUAAAUUUGCCGUCCUCACAUCAUCCCAAGGCUCCGGUGGCGUGUCAGAUAUUGUUUGGGCUGCUUUGACACGAACGUGCUUUCCCGAUGGCGUAGUCUGGAGGAGUCGGACCAGCAAUCCCGUGAAUAAGUGGUAUCAGGAGCGGAGCAAGGGUAUGUGGAACUUACCAGGUGACCAGUGGACCAUGUUCUGGACUACGCAGGGCGUGGAGAAUGGUUGGGAUGCUAGUGAAUGGGGAGGGGUGGACAGGAUGAGGGAGUUGAGGAAGUGGGAUGCCUAUGUAGAUGUUUGUAGUGGUAUUGAGCCGAGUUGGGCGGAUGGUAUACAGAGAGCGGACUAG